AGCGCGGGGGCCCGCCGGGCUACGGGGCCGGCGCCGAGGCAGCGCGGCACGGCCCCGCGCCAGGCCCGGGAGCCGCAGCUUCGCCGCACGCCGGCCGGCGCGGCCCCGAGGCCCGAGCCAUGGAAUCGGAGGAGGAGCAGCACAUGACCACGCUGCUGUGCAUGGGCUUCUCGGACCCGGCCACCAUCCGCAAGGCCCUGCGCCUGGCCAAGAACGACAUCAACGAGGCCGUGGCGCUGCUCACCAACGAGCGCCCGGGCCUGGACUACGGCGGCUACGAGCCCAUGGAUAGCGGCGGCCCCAGCCCGGGGCCGGGCGGCGGCCCACGGGGCGACGGCGGCGGCGGCGGAGACGGCGGCGGGCCUUCCCGCGGCGGGAGCACCGGAGGGGGCGGCGGCUUCGACCCCCCGCCCGCCUACCACGAAGUGGUGGACGCGGAGAAGAAUGAUGAAAAUGGAAACUGCUCAGGAGAAGGAAUCGAAUUCCCUACAACAAAUUUGUAUGAGCUGGAAAGCCGAGUUUUGACUGAUCAUUGGUCUAUCCCGUACAAGCGAGAAGAGUCCCUAGGCAAAUGUCUGCUGGCUUCCACCUACUUAGCAAGACUUGGUCUUUCAGAGUCUGAUGAGAACUGCAAAAGAUUUAUGGAGCGGUGUAUGCCUGAGGCAUUUAAAAAGCUCCUGACAUCAAGUGCUGUUCACAAGUGGGGAACUGAAAUUCAUGAAGGAAUCUAUAACAUGCUGAUGCUACUAAUAGAACUGGUUGCAGAGAGAAUGAAACAGGAUCCAAUUCCCAUUGGUCUCCUAGGCGUGCUUACAAUGGCUUUCAAUCCUGAUAAUGAAUACCACUUUAAAAACAGAAUGAAAGUGUCUCAGAGGAAUUGGGCAGAGGUGUUUGGAGAGGGAAAUAUGUUUGCAAUUUCACCCGUGUCUACCUUCCAAAAGGAGCCUCAUGGAUGGGUUGUGGACUUGGUAAAUAAGUUUGGAGAAUUAGGUGGAUUUGCAGCAAUCCAAGCCAAACUUCACUCAGAAGAUAUAGAACUUGGGGCCGUGUCAGCACUGAUCCAGCCCUUAGGGGUGUGUGCAGAGUACCUAAAUUCCUCCGUGGUGCAGCCUAUGCUGGACCCAGUUAUCCUCACCACAAUCCAGGAUGUGCGGAGUGUGGAGGAGAAAGACCUCAAAGACAAGAGAUUGGUUAGCAUCCCUGAGCUCUUGUCUGCCAUUAAGCUACUUUGCAUGCGUUUCCAACCGGAGCUGGUGACAAUUGUGGAUGACCUUCGCCUUGACAUCUUGCUGCGCAUGCUGAAAUCACCACAUUUUAGUGCUAAAAUGAAUUCCCUCAAAGAAGUAACCAAACUAAUAGAAGAUAGUACCUUAGCCAAGUCUGUGAAGAAUGCUAUAGAUACAGACAGAUUAUUAGACUGGCUAGUUGAAAACUCAGUUCUGUCAAUUGCACUGGAAGGCAACAUAGACCAAGCGCAAUACUGUGAUCGCAUAAAGGGAAUUAUUGAACUCCUGGGAAGUAAAUUGUCACUAGAUGAACUCACUAAAAUUUGGAAGAUACAGUCAGGACAGUCAUCCACAGUCAUAGAGAACAUUCACACUAUUGUGGCCGCAGCAGCUGUGAAGUUUAAUGCAGACCAGCUUAAUCAUUUGUUCGUUCUCAUUCAGAAGAGCUGGGAGACUGAGAGUGACAGAGUCAGACAGAAGCUGCUGAGCCUGAUUGGACGGAUAGGCCGGGAGGCUCGAUUUGAGGCCACUUCUGGAAAGGUGCUAGAUGUUCUCUGGGAACUGGCUCACCUUCCAACCUUGCCCAGUAGCCUCAUUCAGCAAGCCUUGGAGGAGCACCUGACAAUCCUUAGUGAUGCCUAUGCCGUGAAGGAAGCAAUCAAGAGGAACUACAUCAUUAAAUGCAUAGAAGACAUUAAAAGGCCUGGAGAAUGGUCGGGUUUGGAAAAAAACAAGAAAGAUGGAUUUAAGCCGUCUCAACUUAAUAAUCCACAGUUUGUAUGGGUGGUACCAGCUUUGCGUCAGCUCCAUGAAAUCACUCGUUCAUUUAUAAAACAAACCUAUCAAAAGCAAGACAAGAGCAUCAUUCAAGACCUGAAGAAAAACUUUGAAAUAGUCAAAUUGGUAACAGGAAGUUUACUAGCUUGUCAUCGGCUUGCAGCGGCCGUGGCUGGGCCUGGAGGCUUGACUGGCUUGACACUGGUGGAUGGCCGCUACACUUACCGGGAGUAUUUAGAAGCACAUCUGAAAUUUUUGGCAUUUUUCUUACAAGAAGCUACACUGUAUCUUGGGUGGAACCGAGCCAAAGAAAUCUGGGAGUGCCUUGUGACUGGCCAGGACGUGUGCGAGUUAGACCGAGAGAUGUGCUUUGAGUGGUUUACAAAAGGGCAGCACGAUCUGGAGAGCGACGUUCAGCAGCAGCUCUUCAAGGAGAAAAUUCUGAAAUUGGAGUCAUAUGAAAUCACUAUGAAUGGUUUCAACUUAUUUAAGACUUUUUUUGAAAAUGUGAAUCUCUGUGAUCAUCGAUUGAAAAGACAAGGAGCUCAGUUGUAUGUAGAAAAGCUGGAAUUGAUGGGAAUGGAUUUCAUUUGGAAAAUAGCCAUGGAAUCACCUGAUGAAGAAAUUGCUAAUGAAGCUAUUCAAUUAAUCAUAAAUUACAGUUACAUUAAUCUAAAUCCUAGGUUAAAGAAGGACUCAGUGUCUUUACAUAAGAAAUUCAUUGCUGAUUGCUAUACAAGACUAGAAGCAGCCAGUUCAGCACUUGGUGGCCCCACUCUAACACACGCUGUGACCCGAGCAACCAAAAUGCUCACGGCAACCGCCAUGCCAACUGUGGCAACAUCAGUUCAGUCUCCGUACAGAUCAACAAAACUUGUGAUAAUCGAGAGAUUGCUUCUUCUGGCAGAACGCUAUGUGAUCACAAUAGAGGAUUUUUACUCUGUUCCGCGAACUAUUCUACCUCAUGGUGCCUCAUUUCAUGGACAUCUUUUAACUCUUAAUGUUACCUAUGAGUCUACCAAAGAUACCUUCACUGUAGAGGCUCACAGUAAUGAAACCAUAGGCAGUGUCCGGUGGAAGAUAGCCAAACAGCUGUGCUCUCCUGUGGACAACAUACAGAUAUUUACAAACGAUAGUCUGCUGACAGUGAAUAAAGAUCAAAAGCUCCUCCACCAGCUGGGGUUUUCUGAUGAACAAGUUCUGACUGUGAAGACCUCUGGCAGUGGGACCCCCUCGGGGAGCUCGGCAGACUCCUCAACCAGCUCCAGCAGCAGCAGCAGCGGGGUUUUCAGUUCAUCGUAUGCCAUGGAACAGGAGAAAUCUCUCCCUGGUGUGGUGAUGGCGCUUGUAUGCAAUGUGUUUGACAUGCUGUACCAACUUGCUAAUCUAGAGGAGCCAAGGAUAACUCUACGAGUACGGAAGCUCUUGCUCUUGAUACCCACUGAUCCAGCUAUUCAGGAAGCCCUUGAUCAGUUGGAUUCUUUAGGAAGAAAGAAGACCUUGCUCACUGAAACAAGCUCCCAGUCUUCAAAGUCUCCAUCACUUUCGUCAAAGCAGCAGCAUCAGCCAAGCGCCAGCUCCAUCCUUGAAAGUUUGUUUCGCUCCUUUGCUCCUGGCAUGUCAACCUUCAGAGUGCUCUACAACUUAGAAGUCCUAAGCUCCAAGCUCAUGCCAACAGCUGAUGAUGACAUGGCAAGAAGCUGUGCGAAAUCCUUCUGUGAGAACUUCCUCAAGGCUGGAGGCUUGAGUUUGGUUGUGAAUGUCAUGCAGAGAGAUUCCAUCCCAUCGGAAGUAGACUAUGAGACAAGGCAGGGUGUUUAUUCUAUCUGUCUACAACUUGCACGGUUUUUACUUGUUGGUCAGACAAUGCCAACGACACUAGAUGAAGACCUCACCAAAGAUGGCAUAGAAGCCCUUUCUUCCCGUCCAUUCCGAAACGUCAGCCGGCAGACGAGCAGACAGAUGUCCCUGUGUGGGACCCCAGAAAAGUCAUCCUACAGACAGUUGUCAGUAUCAGACAGGUCUUCCAUCAGGGUCGAGGAAAUCAUUCCUGCUGCUCGAGUCGCAAUUCAGACUAUGGAAGCCAGUGAUUUCACUGCCACUGUGGCUUGUUUCAUGAGACUGUCAUGGGCUGCAGCUGCAGGACGGCUUGACCUUGUUGGAAGUAGCCAGCCGAUUAAAGAAAGUAAUUCUCUGUUUCCUGCUGGGAUUAGAAACAGACUCAGCAGUUCAGGAAGCAAUUGCAGCUCUGGCAGUGAAGGAGAGCCAGCAGCCCUGCAUGCUGGGAUCUGUGUUCGGCAGCAGUCUGUGUCCACGAAAGACGCCCUGAUUGCUGGAGAGGCUUUGUCUCUUCUUGUUACAUGCCUGCAGCUUCGGAGUCAGCAACUGGCAUCAUUCUAUAGUUUGCCAUGUGUUGCUGAUUUCAUCAUCGAUAUUCUGCUUGGAUCACCAAGUGCUGAGAUCCGCCGGGUCGCCUGCGAUCAGCUGUACACUCUUAGUCAGACAGACACUUCAUCGCAUCCAGAAGUGCAGAAGCCAAAUCAGUUCCUCUUGGGCGUCGUUCUCACAGCUCAGCUGCCUCUCUGGUCCCCAACCAGUAUCAUGAGAGGAGUCAACCAGAGACUGCUGUCUCAGUGUAUGGAGUACUUUGAUUUGCGGUGCCAGUUAUUAGAUGAUCUGACAACUUCAGAAAUGGAGCAGUUACGAAUCAGCCCAGCUACCAUGCUGGAAGAUGAGAUUACAUGGCUGGAUAACUUUGAACCUAAUCGGACAGCAGAGUGUGAGACCAGUGAAGCGGACAACAUCUUACUAGCAGGACACCUGAGGCUCAUUAAGACCCUGCUUUCACUCUGCGGGGCAGAGAAGGAAAUGCUGGGUUCAUCGCUCAUUAAACCAUUGUUAGAUGACUUCCUUUUCCGAGCCUCUAGAAUUAUUUUAAAUAGUCAUUCUCCAGCUGGCAGUGCCGCCAUCAGUCAACAGGACUUUCACCCAAAGUGUAGUACAGUCAAUAGUCGAUUGGCGGCCUAUGAAGUUCUUGUGAUGUUAGCCGACAGUUCACCUUCCAAUCUUCAGAUUAUUACAAAAGAACUACUUUCAAUGCAUCAUCAGCCUGACCCUGCUCUCACUAAGGAGUUUGAUUACCUUCCCCCCGUGGACAGCAGAUCCAGCUCAGGGUUUGUGGGGCUGAGAAAUGGCGGCGCUACGUGUUACAUGAACGCCGUCUUCCAGCAGCUGUAUAUGCAGCCGGGGCUCCCUGAGUCACUUCUUUCAGUGGAUGAUGACACAGACAAUCCAGAUGACAGUGUGUUCUACCAAGUGCAGUCUCUCUUCGGGCAUUUGAUGGAGAGCAAGCUGCAGUAUUAUGUGCCUGAGAACUUCUGGAAGAUCUUCAAGAUGUGGAACAAGGAGCUUUAUGUGAGAGAGCAGCAGGAUGCAUACGAGUUCUUCACGAGUCUCAUUGAUCAGAUGGAUGAGUGUCUCAAGAAAAUGGGACGAGAACAAAUUUUUAAGAAUACUUUCCAGGGCAUCUAUUCUGAUCAGAAGAUCUGUAAAGAUUGUCCUCACAGAUAUGAGCGUGAGGAAGCUUUCAUGGCUCUCAAUCUAGGAGUUACUUCUUGCCAAAGCUUGGAGAUUUCUUUGGACCAGUUUGUUAGAGGUGAAGUUCUAGAAGGAAGUAAUGCAUACUACUGUGAAAAGUGUAAAGAAAAGAGAAUAACAGUGAAAAGAACAUGCAUUAAGUCUUUACCAAGUGUGUUGGUAAUUCACCUGAUGAGAUUUGGCUUUGACUGGGAGAGUGGACGGUCCAUUAAAUACGAUGAACAAAUACGGUUUCCCUGGAUGCUAAACAUGGAGCCUUACACAGUUUCAGGAAUGGCUCGCCAGGAUUCAUCGUCUGAAGUUGGUGAAAAUGGGAGGAAUAUGGAUCAAGGAGGUGGAGGAUCCCCACGGAAAAAAGUUGCCCUCACAGAAAACUAUGAGCUUGUUGGUGUGAUUGUUCACAGUGGGCAGGCACACGCCGGCCAUUACUAUUCCUUCAUUAAGGACAGGCGGGGGUGUGGAAAAGGAAAAUGGUAUAAAUUUAAUGAUACCGUUAUAGAAGAAUUUGACCUAAAUGAUGAAACCCUGGAGUAUGAAUGCUUUGGAGGAGAAUAUAGACCAAAAGUUUAUGAUCAAACAAACCCCUACACUGAUGUCCGCCGAAGAUACUGGAAUGCCUACAUGCUCUUCUACCAAAGGGUGUCUGACCAGAAUUCCCCUGUGCUGCCAAAGAAAAGUCGAGUCAGUGUUGUAAGGCAGGAAGCCGAGGAUCUCUCUCUAUCAGCUCCAUCUUCACCUGAGAUUUCACCUCAGUCCUCUCCUCGGCCCCACAGGCCUAAUAAUGACCGCCUCUCUAUUCUAACCAAGCUGGUUAGGAAAGGUGAAAAGAAAGGACUGUUUGUGGAGAAAAUGCCUGCUCGAAUAUACCAGAUGGUGAGAGAUGAAAACCUCAAGUUCAUGAAGAAUAGAGAUGUGUAUAGUAGUGAUUACUUCAGUUUUGUUUUGUCUUUAGCUUCAUUGAAUGCUACUAAGUUGAAGCACCCAUAUUAUCCUUGCAUGGCAAAGGUGAGCUUGCAGCUUGCCAUUCAAUUCCUUUUCCAAACUUAUCUACGGACAAAGAAAAAACUCAGGGUUGAUACUGAAGAAUGGAUUGCUACCAUUGAAGCAUUACUUUCGAAAAGUUUGGAUGCUUGUCAGUGGCUUGUUGAAUAUUUUAUUAGCUCUGAAGGACGAGAAUUGGUAAAGGUUUUCUUGUUGGAGUGCAGUGUGAGAGAAGUACGAGUUGCUGUGGCCACCAUUCUGGAGAAGACCUUAGACAGUGCCUUGUUUUAUCAGGAUAAGUUAAAAAGCCUUCAUCAGUUACUGGAAGUCCUGCUUGCUCUUUUGGAUAAAGAUGUCCCAGAAAAUUGUAAAAACUGUGCUCAGUACUUUUCCCUAUUCAACACUUUUGUACAAAAGCAAGGUAUUAGGGCUGGAGAUCUUCUCCUGCGGCACUCGGCACUGCGGCACAUGAUCAGCUUCCUCCUCGGAGUCAGUCGACAGAACAGUCAGAUACGCCGAUGGAGUUCAGCACAGGCACGGGAGUUUGGCAAUCUCCACAACACUGUCGCGUUGCUGGUCCUGCAUACAGACGUCUCUUCCCAGAGGAAUGUUGCUCCUGGCGUAUUUAAACAACGACCACCGGUCAGUGUGGCUCCUUCCCGCCCGCUGCUGCCCCUCCACCAGGAAGUCGAAGCCUUACUCUUCUUGUCUGAGGGGAAGCCUUACCUGUUAGAGGUCAUGUUUGCUCUGCGAGAGCUGACUGGCUCCCUCCUGGCGCUCAUGGAGAUGGUGGUGUACUGCUGCUUCUGUAAUGAGCACUUUUCCUUCACGAUGCUGCAUUUCAUUAAGAAUCAGCUAGAAACUGCUCCGCCCCAUGAGUUAAAGAAUACAUUCCAGCUACUGCACGAGAUAUUGGUCAUUGAAGAUCCUAUACAAGUCGAGCGAGUCAAGUUCGUAUUUGAGACAGAAAAUGGAUUACUAGCCUUGAUGCACCACAGUAAUCAUGUGGACAGCAGUCGUUGCUACCAGUGUGUCAAAUUUCUUGUCACUCUUGCUCAAAAGUGUCCUGCUGCUAAAGAAUAUUUCAAGGAGAACUCCCACCACUGGAGUUGGGCUGUGCAGUGGUUACAGAAAAAGAUGUCAGAGCAUUAUUGGACGCCACAGAGCAACGUCUCUAAUGAAACCUCAACUGGAAAAACCUUUCAGCGAACCAUCUCAGCUCAGGACACAUUGGCAUAUGCCACAGCUUUGCUGAAUGAAAAAGAGCAAUCAGGAAGCAGCAAUGGGUCAGAGAGCAGUCCUGCCAAUGAGAAUGGAGAGAGACACUUACAACAGGGUUCGGAAUCUCCCAUGAUGAUUGGUGAAUUAAGAAGUGACCUUGAUGAUGUUGAUCCUUAGAGCCGUGUGCCCACAUAGGAUGCUCAGCACCUUUUGGAAACCAGAAUCUCAUCCUUGAAGGCCUUAGAAGAGCCUUGCGUGGGAGCAGGAGUGUGACGAGGACCGGUUGCUCCAGAGGAGACUCUUCUGGCCAGCAGCCAGCUGGGAGCUGUUGGGAGGUUCUGCACAUGGACCAGCUGUCCCCGGCUCUGCGUGUGCAUUGACACAUGGUUUUAGGAAAUAAAGCUGGUGGCAAGCGUCUGAUACAUGAACAUAGAGUGAGGGCGAAGGGAUAAAGCUAUGGCUCUCUCUGUGACACACCGAGAGGAAAUCCUUUGGUUUUUAUAUUUUUAGUUAUGUGAGGGAAAAUUUUUAAUCUGCAGUAACAUUGAAUAGGAAUAUUCAAUUUAGAAUGAUGUAAAGAUGUGGUAGAAUUCCUUUUGUUGUAAAAUAGUAAUUGAAUCAAGUUUACACAGACCUUUGUAUUUAAUAUGUCUCCCUCUUUGUACAGAAUCUCUGGUUUGUCUGGGUGAGAGACCUCAGCAUAAUCUUAGAUCUUGAUGACAUGCUUCCAGUAUCAGAAAUUGUGGCAUUAUUAAGCUCUUUAAGGUAUUUUCUGAUUCAAGAUUGAAAAGAGCAAUAAGAAAUUUAAAACAAAACAAAACAAAAAGCUAUGUUCUCUAGAAGAAUAGGGUGCAUUCUCUGAAGUCAGUCACUGAAGAAUGAUGGGUUGUUCCCAAAAUAAAAUUUAAAACAACAAAAUUAAAAGCACUUUAUAAGUUUAUUGAGUUUGACUUCAUAAAAAUAUCUUUUUAAUGCUUGGAGACAUAUUGAAUAAACUAGUCUUAAGUCAUGUGAUCUGCAAUCAUUUGUUUUGCUUAAACGUAAUUCCUGUGACCCUUGUAUUGAUUGUAUAUUGAGUUAAAUACCAAGCUGGGAGCUGCUGCUGUGUGAGAUUCAUCAUAAUUUUACUGCAGAGAAAGAAUUCAAGACUUUGUUUCUUCUUGACGUGACUGAUGCUGAAAGACAAGAUUUUAAAACUUGCUUUCUCUGACAUCGCUGGAGGGUUGUAAGACACCACCCAUUCUGUUGCAUUUGCCAACAUGGCAGCUCUCGCUUACUUCAGGCUGUGGUUACACAGCCAUUUCCUGUGAUCUGUGCAUUUUAUAUGUUGAAUUGCUCAGUUACAGCCUUGUUUCAACUUUAGUUACAUGUUCUGCCUUAUUUUCCACUUGCCAUGCACAGGAAUGGGGGAGCCUCUGGAAGUGCCAGGUCGCCACUGUCAGCUAGAUUUGCCAAGUCAAAGAGGCACAGCCAGCCCCAAAGUGCCUUUUUGGUUGCUUUUGCAUUGUGAGGACGCGUGGUAGGCAGGUGGCAUUCCCUGCUGUGUGCUUCAGGGAGCCUUUAUCUCACUAUUGAGCCGUAGAUGCUCCAUGCAGCCAGCUUCAUUUGUGGGCGCUGUGAUCUAACAGGCCAGCUUUGGUCAAACUCACGAAGAUGGAAGGGACAGCAUGGAAGAGCAUAGCUGUGUCCUCAGGGAAACAGACAGGCAGGUGAUCUGAGUCUGGUGUUCUAGUGUUUGGAUGUGAGGGUCUAAAAUUGAUUUUGAAUACCUGAACACCCAUGUCCCAUUGUUUCCCUUCCUGAUUCACGACCUCUCCACACCCAUGCUUGCAGAAAGAUUAUGUGGGACACACAUUGAAAUGCCAGCGAUGAUACACAGAGGGAUGUCAUUGCCGGCAGCUGUACUCAGGAGCCCCAAUUCAGGAGUGAAAUUGCCACUUCUAGUCAGUCCCCUUAUUUCCUAUGGAAACGACGCCUUCCGCCCCUGCACCUGCUGUCCUCACGCAAAGCUGCAUCAGGAGCACCGGCACGGUUCACUUUGGUCCAUCUUCUUCCCUUGUUGCUGCAGUGAGCAUCCUUCCACAUCACCAAUAACCACUUGAUUUCCAACAGCUUCAGUCCACUAAUACUGAGGACUUUUUUAAAUGCUACAAAGUGACAAUUAUGACAGGCCUGCCUUGAAAGAGUUGUCAUUUUUACUGCCAAUUUUUGGAUGAAGAUGUUUUUAUAAUCUUUUACAGUGGUCUGCAAUCAAGCAGGAAUUGCACAAUUGACUCAAUGCUGUGUGUUCUCAAGAAGCUCCUUCAGUCCAGGCUGACCUCAGGACUGCUCUCCUGCCUCUAAGGCAUCCUGGGACAGACAGAUGAGCCUCCCACAGGCAGCUUGCCUGGAGUCCCCCAGGUGGACCCUCCUGGUUGCCAACAGCUAUUAGCCGUAAGACCCAGAGCCUGAGCCACCAGACUCACCUGGCCUGCGCCACCCCCCCGCCCCCACCCCCACCCUGCUAACACCAAGGUGUGUACAGCAGCUUUUGAGCUUGGAACAAGCAGACUGGAAUUUUCCUCUGCUACCUCUUGUGUACAAAAUCUUGUUUAUAAAACUUCGAAAGCAAGUAGAUGAACUAGGGGAAGGCUCUGGAUUCUGAAUUUGGUUCAUGUGUGGUGGAGUUCUUAGCUUCUAAGAGUAUAAAAUAAAUUUUUCAAAAAUGUA